AUGCGCGGAGGCUUUGGACGUGGAGGCGGUCGCGGCGGCGAUCGCGGUGGUCGCGGUGGCUUUGGUGGUCGCGGCGGCGAUCGCGGUGGUCGCGGUGGUUUUGGCGGUCGCGGCGGUGGUCGCGGCGGUGAUCGCGGUGGUCGCGGUGGUUUUGGCGGUCGCGGCGGUGGUCGCGGCGGCGGUCGCGGCGGCCGCGGAGGCGGCGCCGGUGCCAAGGUCAUUGUCGAACCUCACAUGCUCCACCCUGGCGUCUUCAUCUCCAAAGGUAAGGCUGACUCCCUGUGCACGCUGAAUAUGGUCCCUGGAAUCUCCGUCUACGGCGAAAAGCGCAUCGAACUCGGUGCCACGCAGGGCGGUGACGAAAAGAAGGAAUACCGUCUGUGGAACCCCUAUCGCUCGAAGUUGGCCUCCGCCAUCUACGCCGGUGUGAGCAGCAUCCACAUGGGUCCCGGCUCCAAGGUUCUGUACCUCGGUGGCGCCACAGGUACGACUGUUAGCCACGUAAGCGACCUUGUCGGACCCGAGGGUAUGGUUUAUGCGGUAGAGUUCUCGCACCGCGUCGGUCGCGACUUAGUGGAAAUGUCGAAGCGCCGUCCCAAUAUCGUGCCCAUCAUCGAAGAUGCCCGUUACCCGAUGAAGUACCGUAUGCUGGUUCCUAUGGUAGACUGCAUUUUCAUGGAUGUGGCGCAGCCUGAUCAGGCCCGCAUCCUUGCUUUGAACGCACAGGCGUUCCUGCAGAACGGCGGGCAUUACGUGAUCUCCAUCAAGGCCAACUGCAUUGACUCUACCCUCGAGGCGCCGGUUGUGAUUGCAUCCGAAUUGAACAAGCUGAAGAAGGAUAAGUUGAAGCCUCUGGAACAGGUGUCGCUUGAGCCUUUUGAGCGCGACCACGCAGUAGUCGUGGGUAUUUUCCGCCCUGUGAAGAAGUCUGCGAGCUAA